AUGUGUUUCGGACGCAAACGGAAAGCAGAGCCCGGGGCCCUCCCACCAACACCCACCGGAAGACAGGCGAGCAGGGGUCACAGUAGCUCAGACGACGGCAUGGGCGCGCCGGCGAGAACAUAUGUCCCGAUCGUGGCCGACGAGCCAAAGGGCCGUCAUGGUGGGUUAAGUGAAGCUGGGUUUGGUGGUGGUACGGGACAUGGCGCUGGGAACGAUGGGGGUGGGGGGGGUGGUGGAGGGGACUAG